AUGAGCCAAGAAGAAGGUGCCGUGAUCGGCAUCAACCUCGGCAACACAUACGGUAGCAUUGCCUGCAUCAACCAGCAUGGCCGCGCUGAUGUAAUUGCGAACGAGAACGGUGAGCGUCAGAUUGCGACGCGCAUUGCGUUCAACGGCGACCAGGUGUACACCGGCAACGAGGCGACGCCGCAGCUGGUGCGCAACGCGCCCAACGUCAUCGACGGUUUCGUGAACCUCGUCGGCCGCAAGUACUCGGAGCUUGGCGAGGACGACCUGAAGCGCAAGUCGUCGACCGUGCUCGACAUCAACGACACUCCCUCUUUCAAGGUCGAGAUCGACGGCAAGGAAACUACUCUCUCUGCGCACGACGUCCUGGUGCGCUUCAUUGGCGUGCUGUACGACGCCGCGAAGGACUUCAUGUCGGGUGUCCCGAUCGUCGGUGCGGUGCUUAGCGUGCCGAUCUGGUUCAACGACGCCCAGAUCAAGGCGCUCGAGACGGCGGCUGCCGACGCCGGCCUCAAGGUGCUCCAGGUGAUCCCGGCGGCGGCGGCGGCGCUUGUCGCCUACGGCCUCACGUCGCCCAGCGACGCGGGCGACCUCCCGGCACACCCCGACGGCGAGCAGGGCGAGCCGUACGCCCCGGAAAAGACGCUCGACCGCAACGUGGUCGUGGUCGACUUUGGUGGCUCGUCGCUCGACGUGACGGUCGUCGCUGCGCGCGCCGGUCUCUAUUCGGUGCUUGCCUACGAGCACGACAAGUCGCUCGGCGGCCGCGCGCUCGACGACCUCCUCGUGCAGUACUUUGCCAAGGAGUUCACCAAAAAGACCAAGAUUACCAUUGGCGAGCAGGAUGCGCGUGCGUGGGCCAAGCUGCGCAACGAGGCCGAGGUCUCGAAGCGCUCGCUCAGCGCGAGCAACUCGGCGCAGUGCUCGGUCGAGUCGCUCGCCGAGGGCGUCGACUUUAGCGGCAGCGUGAACCGCAUGCGCUUCAACAUGCUCGCGGGCGACAUUUACCAGCGCGCGCAGAGCAUCGUGACCAAGGCGCUCGACGCUGCGAAGCUCGACGCGAGCCAGGUCGACGAGGUGGUGCUCGCGGGUGGCGCGGCGCGCCUCACCGGCCUCGCCGAGCAGCUCUCGCUGCUCUUUGCCGAGGACAGCGCCACGCACAUCACCCAGUCCAUCGACUCGGACCAGGUGAUUGCGCGCGGCAACGCGAUCUACGCGCAGGCGAUUGUGCACGUCCCCAAGGACGCCGAGGAGCGCAAGUUUGUCGAGUCGCUCGCCAACACCCGCCUGGAGAACACCGACGCGCUGAGCGCCCCGGCGACCACGCGCCCGAUUGGUGUCGUGCUCGACGCGCCGACUGGUGCGGACGCCGAGCGCGUCGAGAAGCACAUCGUCGACAACCAGCUCUUUGUCACGGUGAUUCCCGCGUCCACGCCGGUGCCUGCGCGCCGUGCGUUCCGCUUCCCGGUGGCCGCGGGCGCGACGUCGUCGCUGGUGCGCAUCGCGCAAGGCACGCCGUCGGUGCGUGUCGACACCAUCCAGCCCGAGCCGCUCGAUGAGGAGGACGAGGAGGACGAGCCGCUGGAGCCCGAAGAGGUCAAGUCGGCCUACGUCAAGCCCGACGCGCAGCGGAUAGUCGAGCUUGUCGUGCCCCACGCGAACUCGGCCAAGACCGUGACGGUGGAGCUGAUCGUCCUGAGCGGCGGCCAGGUCACCGUCGAGGCCAAGGUCGACGACGCUGCGGACGUCGCUGCGAGCGCCAAGAUUAGUGCGUAA